GUCCCCAGCGGGCCCGCGCGCCUCGUGCCUCGCGCCUCGCGCCUCGAGCCACGUCUCCGCCCCGGCCCCGGCGCGCCGCGGAGUUGGCUGCUGGGCGGUGCGGACCUGGGUGUGGCCGGCGGAUCUCGGCGGCGCUGGUCUCGGCGGUGCGCUGCGCUCUGCACGCCGGCUCCGCGCACGGGGGGCUGCUGAGCGCCCCGCGGACCCAGCAGCGGCCGGUCGACGCGGAGCCCAACUCCUUUCAGUUGCUUUCACUUCUUAAUUUCUGAGGUAAACAAGUUAAAGGAUGAGUGAACUGGAACAGUUGAGGCAGGAAGCUGAACAACUUCGGAAUCAGAUCCAGGAUGCCAGGAAAGCAUGUAAUGAUGCAACACUUAUUCAGAUCACAUCAAAUAUGGAUUCCGUGGGUCGAAUACAGAUGCGAACGAGACGUACGCUGAGGGGUCACCUAGCUAAAAUCUAUGCGAUGCAUUGGGGAUACGAUUCAAGGUUACUCGUCAGUGCUUCUCAAGAUGGAAAAUUAAUUAUUUGGGAUAGCUAUACAACAAAUAAGAUGCACGCUAUUCCUCUGAGGUCCUCCUGGGUGAUGACCUGUGCCUAUGCCCCCUCUGGUAAUUAUGUUGCAUGUGGAGGACUGGACAACAUCUGCUCUAUAUAUAACUUAAAAACCAGAGAGGGAAACGUGAGAGUGAGCCGAGAGUUACCAGGUCAUACAGGCUACUUGUCCUGCUGUCGAUUUUUAGAUGACAGCCAAAUUGUCACAAGUUCAGGAGAUACAACUUGUGCUUUGUGGGAUAUUGAAACUGCCCAGCAGACCACCACAUUCACUGGGCAUUCUGGAGAUGUGAUGAGUCUUUCUCUGAGUCCUGACAUGAGGACUUUUGUUUCUGGUGCUUGUGAUGCCUCUUCAAAAUUAUGGGAUAUUCGAGAUGGAAUGUGUAGACAGUCUUUCACUGGACAUGUGUCAGAUAUUAAUGCUGUCAGUUUUUUCCCAAAUGGAUAUGCCUUUGCCACUGGCUCUGAUGAUGCCACUUGCCGGCUUUUUGACCUCCGUGCAGACCAAGAAUUACUGCUGUAUUCUCACGACAAUAUUAUCUGUGGAAUCACCUCUGUAGCUUUCUCAAAAAGUGGGCGCCUCCUGUUAGCUGGUUAUGAUGACUUCAAUUGUAACGUGUGGGACACGCUAAAAGGAGAUCGUGCAGGUGUUCUUGCUGGUCACGAUAACCGGGUCAGCUGUUUAGGUGUAACAGAUGAUGGCAUGGCUGUGGCAACAGGCUCUUGGGACAGUUUUCUUAGAAUCUGGAAUUAAUAGCAUGUGCAGGUUUUUCUGUUCUCCGUUGCUAUCUGGAGAAAUCAGUGCUACAGCCUAUAGCUGUGAGAAGAAAAUUCUACCUUAUAUUUGCAGGUGAAGAUUUUUCUAUUGAGAUAAUUAUAUACAAAAAGAAGCUUUCAGUAAACUAUAAAACAAAAAAGUGGAAAAAAAAAAAAGGCAAGGGUGCUUGCUGAGAUCAAAAGGACCAGUGCAUUAAUUUGAGUUGAGCUAAUUUAACUUUGAUGAAUUUUUGCUUGUACUCAGAUUCUUUAUUUUCUUUGUGUAGGACAGAAUGUACACA